AUGAAGGCGGCAAGAAAAGAAGCUAAAAUUUACAACACUCGUCUGAAGAAUCUUCAAGGUGACAAGGUACGGGAAUGUCAUGGACUCUGGAAAGUAAACUCAGGACCAAAUAAACGACUGAUCAUGGUGCUUUCGCGAGUUGAAGGGCGGUUGGAAGGUGAGGACGAAAAUUGGGGGAACUUACACGAUCUUGAUAGAUUGGAAAUCGCCAAACUGUAUCAAGCUAUUCAUUCGGUGGGAGUGGUUCAUGGAGAUAGAUGUUUGCGACAUAUACGUUAUGACUAUAGUUAUCCAAGUACCGAUCCUUACAAAGAUCCUUCACCGUUGAUGUUGAUAGAUUUCGAAGGUAGCAAGAUCGUCGGUAAACGACAUCCGGAUCUGUUGGAAGAGAAAUCCAUUGUGCUUUCGAAAUUGGACUUGGCUGAGGAUUAUUAUUAG